AGCUGCACAGGUUGGCGCUACGGCCCGCGGUGGUGCGGAGGACUGAAGACAUAAUGUAUUUGUGGCCUUGGACAUGAAGUAAUCAGUCCUCUGUUGCUGUAAACAUAGGGUGGGGACUGAUGAGGGAAGCAUGGACCUAAUGAACGGACAGGCAAGCAAUGUUAAUAUCGCAGCUACUGCUUCUGAGAAGAGUAGCAGCUCUGAAUCAUUAAGUGACAAAGGCUCUGAAUUGAAGAAAAGCUUUGAUGCUGUGGUAUUUGAUGUUCUUAAGGUUACACCAGAGGAAUAUGCGGGUCAGAUAACGCUAAUGGAUGUCCCAGUAUUUAAAGCUAUUCAACCAGAUAUCAGACCUACAAGACGUAAGAGAAGCUGUGACUCCUGUGAAUUCAGUAAAUUACAUAGGGAGCUUUCAAGUUGUGGAUGGAAUAAGAAGGAAAAAUAUAGUUCUGCACCAAAUGCAGUUGCCUUCACAAGAAGAUUUAAUCACGUAAGCUUUUGGGUUGUAAGAGAGAUUCUUCAUGCUCAAACAUUAAAAAUUAGAGCAGAAGUUUUAAGCCACUAUAUUAAAACUUCUAAGAAACUAUAUGAGCUGAAUAACCUUCAUGCCCUCAUGGCAGUGGUUUCUGGCUUACAGAGUGCCCCAAUUUUCAGGUUGACGAAAACAUGGGCGUUAUUAAGUCGAAAAGACAAAACUACCUUUGAAAAAUUAGAAUAUGUAAUGAGUAAAGAAGAUAACUACAAAAGACUCAGAGACUAUAUAAGUAGCUUAAAGAUGACACCUUGCAUUCCCUAUUUAGGUAUCUAUUUGUCAGAUUUAACAUACAUCGAUUCGGCAUACCCAUCAACUGGCAGCAUUCUAGAAAAUGAGCAAAGAUCAAAUUUAAUGAAUAACAUCCUUCGAAUAAUUUCUGAUUUACAGCAGUCCUGUGAAUAUGAUAUUCCCAUGUUGCCUCAUGUUCAAAAAUACCUGAACUCUGUUCAAUAUAUAGAGGAACUACAAAAAUUUGUGGAAGAUGAUAAUUACAAGCUCUCAUUGAAGAUAGAACCAGGUACAAGCACACCACGUUCUGCUGCUUCCAGGGAAGACUUAGUAGGUCCUGAAGUAGGAGCAUCACCCCAGAGUGGAAGAAAAAGUGUAGCUGCUGAGGGAGCCUUGCUGCCACAGACAUCCCCCUCCCCCCGGAAUCUGAUUCCACAUGGACACAGGAAGUGCCACAGCUUGGGUUAUAAUUUUAUCCAUAAAAUGAACACAGCAGAAUUUAAGAGUGCAACGUUCCCAAAUGCAGGGCCAAGACAUCUGUUAGAUGAUAGUGUCAUGGAGCCCCAUGCACCAUCUCGAGGCCAAGCUGAAAGUUCUACUCUUUCUAGUGGAAUAUCAAUAGGUAGUAGUGAUGGUUCUGAACUAAGUGAAGAGACCUCAUGGCCUGCUUUUGAAAGUUCUGCAGAGUCAGAAGAUUUGGCAGUACAUUUGUAUCCAGGAGCUGUUACUAUUCAAGGUGUUCUCAGGAGAAAAACUUUGUUAAAAGAAGGCAAAAAGCCUACAGUAGCAUCUUGGACAAAAUACUGAGCGGCCUUGUGUGGAACACAACUUUUUUACUAUGCUGCCAAAUCUCUGAAGGCUACAGAAAGAAAACAUUUCAAAUCAACAUCAAAUAAGACCGUCUCUGUGGUGGGAUGGAUGGUGAUGAUGGCUGAUGACCCAGAACAUCCAGACCUCUUCCCUGCUGACAGACUCUGAGAAAGGGAAUUCAUACAAGUUUCAAGCUGGCAGUAGAAUGAAUGCAAUGCUGUGGUUUAAGCAUCUGAGUGCAGCCUGCCAAAGUAACAAACAACAGGUUCCUACAAACUUGAUGACUUUUGAGUAAAAGCCUGAAGAGGAAGAAGUAGAGCUCUGCUCCUGGGUAAGAGCUGGGGCCUGACGGAAAAUGCCAGCAGCAAACCAUCCUGUGCCAGGAAGAGCCCAUAGGCUCCAUCCCAGCCUUGGGAAUGCUGAACCAAAAAGCACUCAUUUCAGGGAAUAAAGUGAGAUAUUCCCAGAGAACAAAUUGGAGUUGUGAAACAAACUGCCAUGAACCAUGCUUCUUAUCUCUGAACUGACCUGUGGAAACCACUGCCUUAAAAGAGUGAAAGGAAAACCAACAUGAAACACCAAAUAGUGUGUGUGAAUCUUCUGGCGGUGCUGCGCUUGGGAUAGGUCAUAGCUGAUUUCCAUUUCUUUUAACUUUGUACUGAUUUUGGAGGGGGGGAAUCAUCUUUUUUUAAGAUACACUCUGAAAAGGAACAUGUUUCUUGUGGAUGGUACCGGUACCAGGAGCUGGUUUUGAAUGUGGUGAUACUCGGAUACUUUAAUUUCGCGGGAUUUUACCAGCAGCCCACCUGCAAGGUUUGUUCAGCCUCCAGUAGUCCAUAUCCUCACUGGUUUUCUCUCACAGCAAGAAUGUAGGAUUAGAAAUGUUGAUAAUGUAAGUUGUUGGGUUUGUUUGGGAUGGGGGAGGAAGGGCUGGUUUUGGUUGAGGGGAGAUCUUUUUAAACACUAAACUUCUGAAUUGAGUACUGUCUGGGGAACAAUAUUUCCUGCAGGAGGCACAAAGCCCGAGUGUUCAUCUACCAGUUCUUUAAAAUAGGUUCUAAAAACCAUGGUUGUUUCUAACUGGGUUUCGUGUUUAACUUUCUCUAUGAAUUCAAUGUUGAAUGAUAGAUCUGCUUAGUAAAGAAUGUAAUCUCAAACUUUCCUGAGAAGGAUUUUACAAUGACUAAAUUUUUUUCAAGUUAAUUGGAUUAUCCCUCUCCCAGUUUCAGGGAGUCAUCAGAGGUGAUAAUAUUGAUAUUUUGCCAGGAUAUUUUCUUUCACAGUGUUUAAUGUGCGUAAUGCCAGAGUUAUUUUUUUAUUGUUUGUUUUGUUUUUGUUCAGUAUGAUAUUCAAGAUCAUAUUUGUUUAAAAGAUUCCUCAUAAAUAUGUAUGUAUUUUAUCAUAAGACAGUAAUUUUAAGAGGGAUAAAAGACAAGUUUGAGGAUCUAGGAAUUUUAAGUAUUAAACCCUUCUUCCUUUUAUGACUUACCUUAAACAUACCAAAACAUUUUUCUUAAAACUGAACUAUAAGUCCUUGACAUGAACCUAUAUUGUCAGUAGUUAACCAAGAAGUUUUGAGAGAACUCUUCUAUGCAACAGUGCAUCCACUUUCUAAAAUAAACGUCAAAUUUAGAAGUUAAAAGGUGUGAUACCUUAGAAUUUUAACAAAAAAAAAAUUGCACCUGAACAAAACUGUCAGAUGUUACAAACUCAUGAGACAUCAUAAAUGUUAGCAGUGGUCCAGAGUAAGAAAUGUUUUUUGACUGAUACCUCCUAAUAGACUUAUUACUUUGGGCCUCAUAUAAAAUUUCUCACAUUUAUUUUCUUAGUAAAUUGUAUAAAUUUUAUUGUAAGUUUCGCCCUCAAGUCCAAAAAACAAACAAAAAAUA